GUGACUGACACUGCGCCUGUCUUGGGGAUUGGACUUCUGCCUGAGGUUUUCAGUUUUCCUGAGUUUUCUUUCAGGGUUAUUUGCUCAUCUGAGGCCUCUGGUCUCAUCUAGUUGUGUGAUGGGAUGUAUGACUAGUUAUGACUGCAUUUGAGCUUCAUUUUAAGAUGUUUUAAGGAAGAGGUGAAAAGGAGUCUUUGCAGAGAGCAGGAGAUCUCAAUAUGAAUUCAGAGAUCACUUAUGCUGAAGUGAGGUUCAAAAAUGAACCCAAGUCUUCAGGCACUAAAUCAGAGCCUCCUACAGCUCCCAAAGAGAAGACCAACCCUCAAAAAAGUGACUCUAGUUUUCCCAAGCUUCUUGCUUCAUUGCUGAUACUUCUGCUGCUAUUGACAAUCUCAUUUUUAAUUGCUUUUAUCUUUUUUUUUCAAAAAUAUUCUCAUAUUCAUAAAGAAAAAACGACUCUAAAAGAAGUCCCUCACAGAGCUUUGGAGUGUAUGAAAGAAAAUUUGACCAUGGAAGACAAAGACUGGAGUUGCUGUCCAAAGAACUGGACGUCCUUUGGUUCUAACUGCUACUUUAUCUCUGUUGAAAGCGGUACAUGGGAUGAGAGUGAGAAAAAAUGCUCAAGUGUGAAGACUCACCUGCUGGUGAUCACCGCCAAGGCUGAACAGGAGUUCAUCAUCCAGAAGCUGGAUAAAAGCAGUGCUUAUUAUGUGGGGCUGUCAGACCUACAGGGAAAAAAUAAUUGGCAAUGGGUUGAUCAGACACCAUACAAUGAAAGUGCCACAUUCUGGCACUCAGGUGAACCCAAUGAUCUCAGUGAACAUUGUGUUAUACUACAUUUUCGUGCUUCACCAAGAAAAUGGGGUUGGAAUGAUGUUCGUUGUAAUCAGCAUCAGAAGUUUAUUUGCAAGAUGAUGAAGAUUUACUUAUGAGUGGAACAUUCUCCAUGAUCGUGUGGUUGAACUGGUCAUCCGGAAGAACCUAGAAGGGCAGAGGAGAAUUUCUUCUUACCUGACGACAUGAACAUACACUGAGCGUGGCAGAGACUAUUCUGCAGGCAAAUGGAGGCAGCAUGAGCCACAUCUUCUAAUUUUGGUCUGAUUGCUAAGGGGUUAGACACUGGUUAAGUUUUAUGAUGUGGUUUCUCCAUCUGUCUGAAUUUUCCUCUGUAUGGGUUAGUCAACAGCAAAAUCAUUCCCGUCAUUGCUUUUUUCAUUUCUCUCAGACAGAUGUAUUAUCUUGAACCAAAAGCAUAUUUUAUAAAGGUGGAAUGUAAUACACAUCCAGGGAAGAUAAAUUCCAGCUUUGUCCAAGUAGAUUUUUUGGGCUUCCUAACAUUCUCUGUUCAGUCUUGGGCUGUCAUUUAACAUCAGGGUACAAGCAAAGGGAAGUCAGAAAUUGAGUGCUGGAGACUUAGAAUUAGAGAAUUGGCAUUGGACGUUAUUACGGUGAAGUUACAUUCAUCCAUCAGGUAUUCUGAUAAUUUUUUUCUUUGGUUAAAUUUUAGUUUCUUUGUAUGUAUUCCCACUCAAUUUCUGGUUGUAUUUAUAUUCCUCUCUUUACUAAAGGUAUUACAGAUCAUUUUCUCUCUACUACAAUAUAUCAUAUUUACAAUAAAACUAAUUUGUUACAUUAGCAUGGUAAUUAUAAUCAACCAUGACAAAGCUGAUUCUAACCAUGGCUAUCCCAGUGUGACCGCCUGAGAUUAUGCCCUGAUUAUCUUGAUGCAAACAAGUAAUUAAUUUUGCCAUCCAUUUCCUGAUUAUAUCUAAGGAUGAGUUACUAUUAUACAGGUCUGAUCUUAUCCACUGCAUGUAGAAUUUACCGGCCCAGUUCUCAGAGACCAGCUCACAUAACAAUUCUGGCAGAAUUCUUGCUGGCCUUUAUUUACAAUGAGUUUUCCCAUUAUUAUUUCAAUUCUAAUAUAGAGAUGGAAUGAAAGAAGGGCACGAAGAACCUCUUCACUAAAUGCCUUAGAUUGUCAGAGUAGAAGAUGUGCUUGACCUGGAGUGAAAUGGAAAAUAGUAAUAGUCAGUAUUGGAAUUUUUUUCUUCUCUCCACAUUGUAUUUUAUGAAUGUGAUUUAGAGUCUUUUUGAUUUUCCUUUGAGCACUAGCAAAUUAAGUUUGGACAUAACAGAUUUUAUGUUAAGAUUUGUGUUUAAAGUGUGAUAUUAAAAUGAAGCAGCCAUCUGAGUAUCCAUUAAUGGACAGAAUUGUGAAAAUAAUAAAAUAGCUCUUUCAAGCUACUGAGUUUUGGGGUGGCUUAUUAUUCAGCAUAUAUAACUGAAAAUCUUUUCAGUUAUAUUACAGUUUUGAAUUAAGAUUCUGCAAAAUGAUGUAAUGUAUCCAAUCAUACUGAUGCCUCUAAAGAGAUUAGUAAUGAUUUGGAAAUGAGAGUAGAUUAAUUUUACUAUUAGUGAAUAAUAUACAGAUUGAAGUGUUUUUUUUUUUUAUAUCAUUUAAAAUUCCUAUUCUUAUAUAGUAGGCAUAUUGUAUUAUACCACAGAUGUGUUUCUUAAAUAAAUGUUCAAUAUUAAGUGUGUAUACAAAACUAAAUUUUUCCUACUACUAAGGAUAUGUGAUCAGAAAUUGUUCUCAGAUCACUAUUUUAGAAAAUCAAUCUUAAAAUUCUUGCUUAAAGUAGAGGUAAAUAUUCCUUGAGGUUAGAAAAAAGAUAGGCUAGAUACAGAACUGUUUGAAGACAGGGUGCUUACAUGUUGGCUUAUCUAGCAGAUGUAUUUAAGUCUAUAAAUGAAAUAUAUUUUGGAAUUUUAGGCUCUAUAUUCAUCUUUAUAGUUGCUAUUAAAAACAAAUAAACAUACAAAAAAAAAAUCUAUGAACACUUCCAGGCCUUUUGUUCGAUCUAUCACUUGGUAAAUAGAAGGGAAGGUGGAAACUAGGGAAAAUACUUUUGCCCAUUGAAAUCAAAAUGAUCAACCUGAAGGGAGUUCCCUUUGUGGCUCAGCAGUUAACGAACCUGACUAGGAUCCAUGAGGAUGUACGGUUGAUCCCUGGCCUCGCUCAGUGGGUUAAGGAUCCAGCAUGGACGUGAACUGUGGUGUAGGUCACAGACGAGGCUGGAAUCCUGUGUUGCUCUGGCUGUGGUGUAGGCCAGCAACUGUAGCUUCAAUUCAGUUCCUAGCCUGGGAACUUCCAUAUGCCACGGGUGUGGCCCCCCCAAAAAGAUCAACCUGAUUGUUUCUCUGAAAGUGGGAAUCUGCUGAUACUUGAUAACCCUUUAUGGCCUGUUUAAUGUUAAUUUUAUUUUGAUGCUCUUAAUACUGCAGCAUGGAUUAAUAGGUCUGUCCUUGCCAAUAUGGAAAUCAUCAAUGGUGUGUACUUUGUCAAGGGUGAGUUUAAUGGCCGUAGGACAGAAAACAUAACAGGACAAUUCAAUUAUAUUAAGCCAGAUGUCCAGUAUAAGGGUUUGAUUACAUUCAUUAUAUCUUGUCCACACACUGAAAUGCCCUGCAGCACUUAAAACUGUUGCAAAUGAAAUCUAAACCAGUGUUUAAGACUGUGCUGCAUAUUGUUGGUCUGUUUAUCCCUUCUUGCCUACGAAAAACUUUCAGCGUUGCUUAGUCACUUUCCUUAUAGCCAAGGUGCCUUGAGAUUGCUGACCUCAUAGUCAUCUCCGUGCAUGGAUGCUGGUUAGUACAAGGUAAUGGAAAUAAUCACCCUAGGGGUUAGUUUUUAGGAAAAGGCACUGAUUGCAAGUCACACCAAUCAAUUGCCUCUCCUAGCUCUCAGAGGACUCAGGGAGCUGACAAAUAUGAACAAAGACAUAUGUGGUCCUGCUUGUUACUGAUCAUCAUUCUUUUUUUUUUUUUUUCUUUUUGCUAUUUCUUUGGGCCGCUCCCGCGGCAUACGGAGGUUCCCAGCCUAGGGGUCCAAUCGGAGCUGUAGCCGCCAGCUUACGCCAGAGCCAGAGCAACGCGGGAUCUGAGCCGCGUCUGCAACCUACACCACAGCUCACGGCAACGCCGGAUCGUUAACCCACUGAGCAAGGGCAGGGACCGAACCCGCAACCUCAUGGUUCUUAGUCGGGUUCGUUAACCGCUGCGCCACGAUGGGAACUCCUGAUCAUCAUUCUAUGACCAGGAGGGGAACUAGCCUUGGGAUGACGGGAGCAUCACGAAUAGCAGAGCAGAACAGUGGAAAGAAUCUGGUUUCUUUGGGGUAUUGUUGAGCCACAGAAUCCGCUAUUUCCGAACUUUUAAUAAUAAAAGCUAAUACAUUUUCUAAUUAUUUAAGUCUGAUUGAAUCUUGAUUGGUAUAAAAAACAUAUUGUAUAUUUUUAGUGACCAAACUUCAUUGGGGUUUAAUUUAUAUACAGUAAAAAGGUGAUAUUUUCGGAGUACAGUCGAAUGAUCUCGACAAAUAAAUACAAAUCUGCACCCUCCAUGUCCAUCAAUAUAAAGAACGUUUCCAUCACUGUAGAACCUUCCCUCAUGCCCCUACCCCAGGAGAGCAGUGAUCUGAUUUCUACCAACAUAUAUUUGUUUUGCCAGCUCUAAAAUUUCAUGUAAGCGGAAUAAUAAAAUAUGCUCUUUUGUUUCUACCUUCCUUUGCUCAGUGUUUGUGACAUUCGCCCACAUUUUUGUAUUUUUUUUCAACCAUACAUUCAGCUUUACUGUUGAGUUGUAUUCCAUUAUAUGUAAUAUGUCAUAAUGUUAGCCAUUCUUUUUUGGUAACCUUCGAGUUCUUUCUAGGUUUUAAAUAUUAUGAAUAAACCUGCUAUAAACUUUC